AUGAAAUUUAAAGCUCGGGUGGUUGCACGAGGUUUCUCGCAGAGGGAAGGAGUUGACUACAAUGAGAUUUUCUCACCAGUGGUCAGACAUACUUCGAUCAGAGUGCUACUAGCAAUAGUGGCACAUUAUGACUUGGAGCUCGAGCAGCUAGGCGUGAAGACAGCUUUCCUACAUGGAGAGUUGGAGGAAGAAAUUUACAUGACUCAGCCAGAAGGAUUCGAGGUUCCGGGAAAAGAAGACUAUGUUUGUAAGUUGAAGAAGUCCUUGUAUGGACUUAAGCAAUCUCCGAGGCAGUGGUACAAGAGAUUUGACAGUUACAUGCUUGAGCUAGGCUACAACAGAAGUCCAUAUGAUUGUUGUGUAUAUCACAGCAAGGCAGAGGAUGGUUCGAUGAUAGAUCUAGUUCUGUAUGUGGAUGAUAUGCUCAUAGCUGCGAGGUCGAAGUCUGAUAUCCAGAAGUUAAAGGGGCUUCUCAGUGCUGAGUUUGAGAUGAAGGAUUUGGGAGCUGCUCAGAAGAUCUUGGGUAUGGAGAUUUACAGGGACAGGUCGAAGAAGAAGCUUUUCUUGUCACAGAAGAGCUACAUCCAGAAGAUACUGUCGAGGUUUGGUAUGUCUUCAGCAAAGCCCUUAAAUACUCCUAGUGCUUCAAAUUUUCAUCUAUUCUCAGUGUAUGCACCGCCGUCAGAGGCUGGAAUAUGGUUGAAGGGAUUGGUUGGUGAUCUUGGUCUACAUCAUGAUCAGGCAGUGGUGUAUUGCGACAGUUUGAGUGCAAUAUGCUUGGCCAAGGAUCAAGUCCACCAUGAGAGGACUAAGCACAUCGAUGUGAGGUAUCAUUUCUUGAGGACAGAGAAGAGGAUUAAGGUGAAGAAGGUUGGCACCACGGAUAAUCCUGCUGAUAUGUUCACGAAGACGGUUCCACAUGGCAAGUUCCAACACUGCUUGGACUGGCUGAAUGUCUUGAGUGGGUGA